AUGCACGCUGUUGCCUUUGCUGCAUCCCCCAUUCGACUAGACACGAUGCAGGCCGCCAACUCCCACAGCGUCGUCACUCAAGGCGACCUUGAAUUUCUCGACGCCCUCACUUCGAUGCCGUCUUCCUUCCCGCAUCAGCCCAACUAUGCGUCUUCUUCCUCUUCGUCCGCUAGAACAAGACCACUUUCAACACUCAACGCUCUUAGAAGACCACCCAUCGACCCCAUGGUCUUGGCUGCAAGUUUGAGCUCCGGUCCUCAUGUCACUCGUCAUCACUUCCACCAUUCCUUUGGCAGCCAUGCACACACCACCAAAUCUCAGCAGAUGCCUGCGAGUCAGCGUAAGGCGGCUGCUGCUGCAGCUGCAGCAGCUGCCGCCUCUGAUGCUCCACCUCGUGCUUCUUCCCGCCCGGUUCAAACACGCCCUCGGAAACCUUCCGGAGCAAGCGGCUCGUAUGCCAACUGCGACUAUGACGACUUUGAAGAUCCUGCCUCCAACGUCAACGUCGCCUCUUCCUCAUCUAUCAAGGUUGAUCCCGUUCCCGAGGUGACAGACGAAGAGCGUUCCUACUACGCCAGUAGACAGGCGCCUCGCACCGUCCGAUUGCAGCAGCAGCAGCAGCACGAACUCGAACAGAAGCGUGCCCAAGCUCAAGUUCAGGCCGCGCUCCCAGCGGACGUCCGGAACCAAGCUUCGACGCAGGCUGUUGGUAUUCGUGCCAGCGACGAACCUGCCCAGCCCGAGCUUCCGGCCCAGCCAGGCAAUCAAGCGGCCAAGACUGUCCUCGUCCCCCCCUCUGCACCGGCCGACACGAUCGCACAAGCACUCGACCAACGAAAAGCAGCCGUCGCUGCUGCCACCGUUGCCCCAACUCAGAUUCCCCUUACACCGGCAGCCGAGACUCUGGCGUCCAUGCCCACCCAAGUCGGUACGCCGCUGGGCAAUCCUGGCAUGUCGUCGAUCGUGCGUCCGCCGCCGGUUCGUGUACGAUGUUACGCCCGCACACGGGUUCCCACUCCACAUGGUGAGGUGUUUUGCCACCUCUACAAGAACACGCACGAUACAAAGGAGCAUCUUGCCAUCGUCAUCGACCCGUACCAGAACGACGAAGCCAGCACUCGGAUGGGUCCUGACGGUCGACCUGUCAAGGAAUCUGAUCCGCUGUAUCAGCAGCACGCGCUGAGGAGCAAGUCUCUCGACGAAGUUUGGGGUUCCGAGGAGACAGAUAUGGAGCGCAUCGUGCGAGGUGCUUAUGUGGGUAGGCUCGGUCCUAGCUUCCAGGUUGCGUCCAAGCCGCUUGCGCGCCAUUCUCAGCCGCACAUGCAUUCAAACAGCGCUGAUACGCUGGCACCACUCGUGCGUAUCCACUCGGAAUGCUUCACCGGUGAGACGAUCGGCAGUCAACGUUGCGAUUGCGGUGAACAGUUGGACGAAGCCAUCCGACUCAUUUCGGAAGCCUACGACACGUCGAAGCCACGCGAUCCCGGUGCUGCUCAGCAGAAGCUCGGCCGCGGCGUGAUUGUCUAUCUACGUCAGGAAGGACGUGGCAUCGGACUAUUGGACAAACUCAUGGCGUACAACUUGCAAGAUAUGGGUCACGAUACCGUCUCGGCCAAUAUCUUGCUCGGACACCUCCCCGAUGCACGAAAGUACGAUAUCGCUUCGGCCAUCUUGAAGGAUUUGGGUGUGGACGAGUGUCGAUUGCUGACCAACAAUCCGGAAAAGAUGGAGGCGUUGGAAGCGGAGGGUGUCAGGGUGGCGGAGCGGGUAGGCAUGGUUCCGAGGGUGUGGAAGUUUGGCAAGAAGUUGAGGAGGAGGAAGAAGGGUGGCAAGAGGAAAGAGAAGGGAGGCAGUGCUAGAGGUUCGCCGCUUCGAGCUGCAACUGGUGCGAGGAAGGCUUCCAGUCUGUUGAGGCAGAUCAGCUUUGGUGGCAUGGAUGCAAGUAUCAUUUCUCAGGCGGGCACCUCGGACUCUGAGGUGGAUCCCACCACUGCUGGGUUGCGACACCAAGGCGAGGAUAUUGUCAAUCCUCACGAUACGUUUGAGUCAGAUGACGAUCAGAUAGACGACAGCGAAGCAGAGGACAGCGCUAGCGACUCGGGCGACUCGUACAUCGAUCACGUCCUCCGAAGAUCCGGAACUACCAUGAUCGGCGCCAGCAUCACAAAGGGCCCCGAACUCGAAAAGUACCUCCGAACAAAGGUCCAACGCAUGGGCCACCUCCUGACCGUCCCCGACGAAUCCCCCGACACUCACGACCACCGCCCCGUCUCACAGCCCGAUUCUGAUCACGAAUCCAGCCACCUCCCCACCACCAACAACCCUUCUUAA